UCCGUCGGCCAUUUUAGGUGGUCCGCGGCGGCGCCAUUAAAGCGAGGAGGAGGCAAGAGUGGCCGCCGCUGCUUCUUAUUCUUUUUUAGUGCAGCCAGAGAUAGUGGGAGUGCGCGCCGCACGAGAGUGGGAGUCGAGGGGGGCAGGCCAGGGAGAGGCGCAGGAGCCUUUGCAGCCACGCGCACGCCUUCUCUGUCUUGUGUGCUUCGCGAGGUAGAGCGGGCGCGCGGCAGCGGCGGGGAUUACUUUGCUGCUAGUUUCGGUUCGCGGCAGCGGCGGGUGUAGUCUCGGCGGCGGCGGAGGCAGUAGCACUAUGUCGGAGGAGCAGUUCGGCGGGGACGGGGCGGCGGCGGCGGCAACGGCGGCGGUAGGCGGCUCAGCGGGCGAGCAGGAGGGAGCCAUGGUGGCGGCGGCGCAGGGGACGGCGGCGGCGGCGGCGGCGGGAAGCGGAGCUGGGACCGGGGGCGGAACCGCAGCUGGAGGCACCGAAGGAGGCAGCGCCGAAUCGGAGGGGACGAAGAUCGAUGCCAGUAAGAACGAGGAGGAUGAAGGCCAUUCAAACUCCUCCCCACGACACACUGAAGCAGCGACGGCACAGCGGGAAGAAUGGAAAAUGUUUAUAGGAGGCCUUAGCUGGGACACUACAAAGAAAGAUCUGAAGGACUACUUUUCCAAAUUUGGUGAAGUUGUAGACUGCACUCUGAAGUUAGAUCCUAUCACAGGGCGAUCAAGGGGUUUUGGCUUUGUGCUAUUUAAAGAGUCGGAGAGUGUAGAUAAGGUCAUGGAUCAGAAAGAACAUAAAUUGAAUGGAAAGGUGAUUGAUCCUAAAAGGGCCAAAGCCAUGAAAACAAAAGAGCCCGUUAAAAAAAUUUUUGUUGGUGGCCUUUCUCCAGAUACACCUGAAGAGAAAAUAAGGGAGUACUUUGGUGGUUUUGGUGAGGUGGAAUCCAUAGAGCUCCCCAUGGACAACAAGACCAAUAAGAGGCGUGGAUUCUGCUUUAUUACCUUUAAAGAAGAAGAACCAGUGAAGAAGAUAAUGGAAAAGAAAUACCACAAUGUUGGUCUUAGUAAAUGUGAAAUAAAAGUAGCCAUGUCGAAGGAACAGUAUCAGCAGCAGCAACAGUGGGGAUCUAGAGGAGGAUUUGCAGGAAGAGCUCGUGGAAGAGGUGGUGGCCCCAGUCAAAACUGGAACCAGGGAUAUAGUAACUAUUGGAAUCAAGGCUAUGGCAACUAUGGAUAUAACAGCCAAGGUUACGGUGGUUAUGGAGGAUAUGACUACACUGGUUACAACAACUACUAUGGAUAUGGUGAUUAUAGCAACCAGCAGAGUGGUUAUGGGAAAGUAUCCAGGCGAGGUGGUCAUCAAAAUAGCUACAAACCAUACUAAAUUAUUCCAUUUGCAACUUAUCCCCAACAGCGGGAACUUCAUUGCAGGCCCUGUGUCGCGCUGACUUCACGAUUCUCACAGGCCCGCUCAAUGCGGACAGGGUACGAGAUGCUCACGCUCUCGAAUGCUGCCGUUUGGUAUGGUCUCUUCCAACAUCCUGUAUCAGCAUUAUAAAAUAAAAUGGAUACUUCAAGCUUUGCCUUCACUUAUUUCUUUGCUUUUUAAAAACUAUUUGUAAUGUAAUUUUAAUGCAUUUUUUACAGGCCCAGUAAUGGUUAAAUACGUCAGCUUACUGAAUAAUUUUAACUAUUUAUUCUUCUAAGGAAACAGCUUGUCUCUGGAUUUUCCAGUCUUAAUUUUAUAUUUUAUUAAUCUAUUUUAAUGCUUGCUUUUCCCAUUUAUAGACGUUGUAGCAGUAAUUGCAAGAAGUUCUUGAGCUGAAUUCCUGUUGUGACAACUUCUUUAUAUAUCUAUAAUUAUUUAUAAGAUAACUUUUUCUUUUAGUUGUAUAUAACUUUUCUAUAACUUGUGAUGAACAAGAGAUAUGCUGAUCCAAUAAAAUAAGUUAAAAUAUUACAUGCUCUUGGGUCAAAAUGUCCUUUUACCAAAUUGACUGACCUUUUUUAUGAGUUCUUUAGGUUAUACUUUUUGAAAAGUUAUUGUAAUUUUAAAGAAUCCUUAUGAAAGCAUAUCACAUCUUAAACCAGUGGUGCACAUGUGGAUUUACAGCUCAUGGACUCUACUGUUCAGCUUUAAUUUAUAAAACAUACCACAUAUUUAAUGUUAUACAGUAUUUACAUAGUGGAACAUAGGGAUAAUUCAGUUUGAUAUAAAUUUUUGUUAAGUGGUGUAACCUACCCAGAGUGACUUUUUUUUUU